UCUGGUUGGCUGUGACUGUGUAGUAGGGCAUUUGAUACUCUCCUUAUCUUACUUUCGCAACCAAAUCUAGCGAUCUUUCUAGAUGGCAGGUGCAGGCAUCCAUCCGUACCACCAGCAAUGGCCUCCGGCAGCCGCCGCAGCUCCUCCUCCGCCUCCUCCAGCGGUGGCCGCCGCUGCUCCUCCUCCGCACGCUCCGCCAAUCGCUCCCUCAGACGAGGUCCGCACGAUCUUCAUAACGGGAUUGCCCGAAGACGUGAAGGAGAGGGAGCUGCAAAACCUUCUAAGAUGGCUACCUGGCUACGAAGCUUCUCAGGUUAACUUCAAAGGCGAGAAGCCUAUGGGAUUCGCUCUCUUCUCCAACGCUCAGUUCGCUCUCGCCGCCAAAGAUGCUCUUCAGGAGAUGGUUUUUGAUGCGGAGUCGAAGUCGGUGUUGCACACGGAGAUGGCGAAGAAGAAUCUGUUUGUGAAAAGAGGAAUAGUUGCGGAUUCAAGCCCAUAUGAUCAAAGUAAACGCUUGCGAACUGGGGGUGAUUAUACACACACUGGUUAUACAAGUCCAUCUCCUUUCCAUCCUCCUCCUCCAGCACAUGUUUGGGGGCCACAUGGAUAUAUGGCUCCACCACCUCCUCCUCCUCCAUAUGAUCCGUAUGGAGGCUACCCUGUUCCUCCAGUACCAAUGCCUGCUCCUGCUCCUGUGCCAGCACCUAGUAGUUAUGUACCUGUUCAGAAUGCAAAAGAUAACCCUCCAUGCAAUACCCUAUUCAUUGGAAAUUUGGGAGAGAACAUAAAUGAGGAAGAAUUGAGGGGACUUUUUAGUGCACAACCUGGUUUUAAGCAAAUGAAGGUCCUGAGACAGGAAAGACAUACUGUUUGCUUUAUUGAGUUUGAAGAUGUAAAUAGUGCAAGCAAUGUACACCAUAGUUUGCAGGGUGCUGUUAUCCCCAGUUCUGGUUCAGUUGGCAUGCGGAUACAAUAUUCGAAGAACCCAUUUGGGAAAAGGAAGGAUUCUGGCUACCCUCUGGCUGCACCUGGCACCAACGGAGCUCCACCAGCUAUGAAUUACCAGUAGCAUGAAGGGGAUGUACUCUGUUCUUUAUGCACCGACAAAUACAACUACUACAUGAUAGGAUGCAUCUUGCAGCUGUUGCAUGCAUCCAUUUCAUAAUCAAGUCAUCACAUUAGCAUCUCUCCUCAUGUGAAUGAAUGCACGUAGUGGCAUCAUGAACAUACCAUUUGGCCAUGUUAUAACUUAUCCAAGACAUGCAUUUGUCAGCAGCACAUUUAAAAGCCUGGAUUACGUAAUAGGGGGGCUCAGAUACUGUUGUCAUUUGUAGAAGUGGUGCAUUUGUCUGUGUUUUUGUGGGAUUUAUGUGCUUUUCCACAUAUUAACUUUUGUGUACAUCAACAAUAGGAAUGCUUGUCUAAAUAGACAUCUAGCAGUGUUAUCUAUUUUUUCUAUAUUAGGUUCACUGAUUUAACUUAACCUGCCAUCAAAGGUGACCAGAGAAUCAUUUCAUGGAACAUGUGGAAUAUCUAGGAACUUCAUGCCAUCAAUCAUGUUUCCCCUUACAUCACCUUUACCAUUUGCCAUCACCGCCAGCACCACCACAUUUUUUAACCUUUUGCUACAUAUUCAAUCAGUCCUUAGUUCAUUGGCUAAAGCGAAGAUCUAUUCAUGAUGCUUAACAUUCAACAUUCAAGCAACUCAAAAGCAUAACUAUUCAAAAGAAUGUUGGGAAUUAUAUGCUGUGAUUUAUAUACAGGAUUUUGCGUACAAAAUGACAAAGCUUCCAAACAUUUGAGGAGGUCAAGUGUUGCAGCUGCUCUUAUAUCAGGUAACAUCACUAGGCUGGACUACUGUCAAACACACACCUGGUUGAGGCUUUUAGAGUCGUUAGGACAAAGCUUUUAUUCUACCUGUUUCUUACUGGUUGCCAAUAUUUCUGUGUCUACAAGUUUACAAGCGUUAUUUAUUACCUUUUUUUGGGAGGAAACCUUCAUUUUGGUGUAACAAAUGAAUAUAGGUUGAGACCAAAUAAGCAUUUCAGAGAGAAAGGUAUAGUUUAGUUGUGGUGUUCCAUUUUCUAAAGAUUAGAACUCGGUGCUUUUUUUUAUCAUUCGUUCUCUUAAUGUCUGACCUGUAAAUCUUAUUUUUGUAACAUAUCCUUUAUGCUUUUGUGUGCACGCGUGACAGAUAGAAAGGGAGUGGAGUGGGGGGUCCUUUUGAGUCGUUCAAAUUGAGUCUAUCCCUUUAAUAAAGCUGUAUGAACUUUGAACUAGUCUAUGAAGUAUGAAUUGACGAGAU